AAAUUCAUCAUAAAUACUAUGUUUAAGGGAAUGUCUGCACAGAGAGUACCUUAACUUGUAAAACCCUACCUCUCUCCUCUUCACUUUCCCUUCUCUGCCGGAAUCUGACGCAGUACCUCUGUCACCCACCGCCUCUCUCCUCUUCUCGUAACCACUCCUCCGCUUUCACUAUCACCACCACUUUUAUGACCCCAAUUACUACCAUUAUUAUCAUCUAAAAAACUCAAUCCUCCCUAUCCCUCUUUCUCUCUUUAUCUAUUUCGAGUCGGAUUUCAUUCUCAUUAUCGGAUUUUUUCAUUGACCGGUAGUAAUAUUCGUCACUCUUUUCGUUGAAUAGUGAUGGCGGCGAUGCUGAAGAGCUAUAGUAGCAGUGCGUGCUUCACUGCUUCUGGUUUUGCUGUUUUUCGCUCCAACAAUGCCACCAACGCCAGUAACAAGAGGAGCUCAAACUGGAAGCCUCCACAGGCAGCUAUCAUACCCAAUUUGCAUCUCUCAAUGCGCAGCUUUGAGGUGAAAAAUAGGACAUCAACCGAGGACAUAAAGUGUCUGAGAUUGAUAACUGCGCUCAAAACUCCGUACCUACCUGAUGGCCGAUUUGAUCUAGAAGCCUAUGAUGAUUUGGUGAACAAGCAAAUUGAAAACGGUGUAGAAGGUAUUAUUGUUGGUGGCACAACUGGUGAAGGCCAACUAAUGAGCUGGGAUGAACACCUCAUGCUUAUCGGGCACACGGUCAAUUGUUUUGGCAGUAAAAUCAAGGUUGUUGGUAACACCGGAAGUAACUCCACGAGGGAAGCAAUCCAUACCAGUGAGCAGGGUUUUGCAGUUGGAAUGCAUGCUGCCCUUCAUAUAAACCCUUACUACGGCAAAACCUCCUUGGACGGUAUGAUUUCUCACUUCGAAAGCGUGAUUUCCAUGGGCCCUACGAUCAUAUAUAAUGUUCCUUCGAGGACUGGUCAAGAUAUUCCUCCUCAUGUGAUUCAAACCUUGGCUCAAAGUGCUAGCUUGGCCGGUGUCAAGGAGUGUGUUGGAAACGAUCGGAUCAAACAGUACACGGCUGAUGGGAUUGUUGUGUGGAGUGGCAACGACGAUGGAUGCCAUGAUGCUAGAUGGGGCUAUGGUGCCACCGGAGUGAUAUCUGUCACCAGCAACCUUGUUCCUGGUUUGAUGCGAGACAUCAUGUUUGCAGGGAAGAAUCCAACAUUGAAUUCAAAGCUCCUUCCUCUGAUGGACUGGCUUUUCCAGGAGCCAAACCCGAUCGGUUUGAACACAGCUCUUGCCCAACUCGGGGUUGUCAGACCGGUUUUCAGGCUGCCGUACGUGCCUCUCCCUGCGGAGAAAAGGAUUGAGUUUGUGAACUUGGUGAAGCAAAUAGGCCGAGAGCAUUUUGUUGGAGACAAAGAUGUUCAGGUUCUUGAUGAUGAUGAUUUUAUCUUAGUUGGUCGAUAUUAGUUUAUUCUGUUUCAGUUGCUCUUAGUUGAGUUUUGUAUCCUUUUCCAGAUUAUGCCAAAGUUUUAAACCAAUUAAUGUACAAUAGAGUCAGUUAAAAUAAACCAAUAAUAAUACAAGUUGGUGUUUCUUUCAGUA